AUAGAAAGGGACAGGGAUUGUUCAAGGCUGYUCAACAUGGGAUCUAUAGACUUUGAGAAGUUGAUUCUUGAAGAAAUUGCGAACUCUGGUCAUCUAAAUACUUAUGAAUUUGCCAAGGAUCUGCAACAGGAUCAUCAGCUUAUUGUAGGCGCUAUAAAAAGCAUACAAUCUGUUGGCGAGAUUAUUAAUACUGAGCAAUGCCAACAAGAAAAUCUAGUUUUGACUGAAGAAGGGGUUCUAAUCGCUGACAAGGGAAGUCAUGAGGCUUUGCUGUAYAAUGAUAUCCCUUCAGAAGGCAUAAAACAAGCAGAUAUAAAGAACCUUGGACCUAAUGCAUCUAUUGGAUUUAGUAAAGCAAUGUCUUCUGGUUGGCUAAGAAUUGAUAAAAGUGCUGAAGGAGGACCAAGAGUUUACAAAAAGGUUGAGUCAAUCGAAGACAGUGUACAGCAGUCACUGAUCAAAAUAUUAAAUAAUGAGUAUAAGGAAAUGGCUGAUGCAAAGAUAAAAGAACUCAAGAAAAGAAAGCUUGUUGCAACUCAAAUAAUCAAAAGCUUCACUGUUACAAAAGGAAAAGACUUCAGUUUAUCAGUGAAAAGACUUGAGGCUGAUCUAACUGCUGACCUGUUGCUAAGUGGUUUGUGGGAGGAGUUGACUUUCAAGCCAUAUAACUUUGAUGCUUUGGGUGCAAGUCUGCCAUCUGGUCAUCUCCACCCACUGAUGAAAGUCAGAUCACAGUUUAGGCAGAUCUUCUUAGAAAUGGGGUUCACAGAAAUGCCUACYAACAACUUUGUAGAGAGUUCUUUCUGGAAUUUUGACACUUUGUUUCAACCACAACAACAUCCAGCAAGGGACGCACAUGACACUUUCUUCUUAUCAGAUCCAGCAGUUUCAAAAUUAGAAGAAAUGCCACAGUCUUACAUUGAAGCUGUCAAGAGAACUCAUGAACAUGGUGGAUAUGGAUCACAAGGAUACCAAUAUGACUGGAAACUUGAAGAAGCCAARAAGAAUAUCCUCCGCACUCACACUACUGCUGUUAGUUCAAGAAUGCUUUACAAACUAGCACAACAGGAAACCUUCACCCCAGCCAAGUUUUUCUCAAUUGAUAGAGUAUUCAGAAACGAGACUCUCGAUGCCACCCAUCUUGCUGAAUUUCAUCAAAUUGAAGGAUUGGUUGCAGAUCGUAACCUGACACUCGGGGACCUGAUUGGGACUUUGUAUGAAUUCUUUAAAAAACUUGGAAUCAAGAAAUUGCGCUUCAAGCCAGCCUUCAAUCCCUACACAGAACCUAGCAUGGAAGUGUUCAGCUAUCAUGAAGGUCUAAAGAAAUGGGUUGAAGUUGGCAAUUCUGGAGUCUUCAGACCAGAAAUGUUACGACCAAUGGGUCUUCCCGAAGAUGUAUCUGUGAUUGCAUGGGGACUUUCUCUAGAAAGGCCUACAAUGAUAAAAUAUGGUAUUUCAAACAUCAGAGAUCUGAUUGGUCACAAAGUUGACUUGAAUAUGGUCUACAACAAUCCAAUUUGUCUCUUAGAAUAAAAUAAUUAUCGUUCUAAUAGCUGCAACUAGGUGCUAAUAGUACAAACUAGCACUUCCACAUCGCCGGCUUGCGCAAGCGGUUUCCAAGUCUUUGCAACAUGAGACAUUAUUUUUGAAAUUUACGGAUAGUCCAACAGCUUGUAUGGUGUUAAUCCAAGGCUGGAARCCGCUCAUGAAGACCUUGUGCACGCCCUUGCAAAGAAAAUAUUUUGAACAAUUUUUUUUUAUUAGAUCAAAAUUGCACUUUUUGUGAAACUCGUGAAACGCACAUUUUAAAAACUCGUGAAACUUUAUUAACUAAUCAGAAAAGUGCGUUUUAAACAUCGAUUCUUACAUGUGACCAGUUCAGUUCAACUGGGAUGAUAUCAUUGGAAUAAAUAUUGAAUUCGGCACUUCAGACUUUACCUUACUCUAAUUUCCUUAUUCUACUUUAUGUGUUUUGAGAUUAAAUAAUAUUCAACCAUCA